CGCGUCUCUUGAUAUGGUCUAAGGAUUCUCCUAGGAGUUUCAUCGAUCGAUUGCAAGUCAAUACUUUAAUCAAUAUUCACCUACCGAGUACUCGUGGUUAAGAGAAUAUUCGCAUUCAUAAUGAGUACAGGAGUGAACAUGUUUGCGAGGGUGACUUUUUACCCAACAUUGGUGUACAACAUAAUGAUGGAAAAAGUUUCUUCGAGAAGGUGGUAUGACAGAAUCGAUGAAACAGUUAUUUUGGGUGCACUACCUUUUCGGAGUAUGAUGAGGCAGUUACUAAUACAAGAAAAUGUGAAGGCUGUUGUUUCCAUGAAUGAAGAUUAUGAGUUGCAGUUGGUAUCGAUUAAGGGUGAGGAAUGGAGAGCACAUAAUGUCCAAUUUUUGCAAUUAUCAACUACUGACAUUUUUGAAACACCUUGCCAAGAAAAGCUGUUGCGUGGUGUCAAAUUUAUAAACCAAUUUGGAAGCUCCACAAGUCGAGUAUUGGAUGAGUCCGGUACAACUGAAAGAACAUCCGAACCUGGAACGGUGUACGUUCAUUGCAAAGCAGGAAGAACAAGAAGUGCUACUUUAGUUGGAUGCUACUUAAUGAUGAAACAUAAAUGGAAGCCUGAAGAAGCUGUAGAUUUUAUGAAAAGAAAAAGAGAGCAUAUAUUAAUUCACACACCACAAUGGUAUGCAUUGAGACUAUUUUAUCAGGCACAUGUAGAAAGUACUAUGACAUAACAUUGUAAUUUAUAAUGUUAACAUACAUUGUACAGUAAUUGCGAUUCAGUUAGAUGUGUUAGAGAGCAUUUAAAUUUAGAAGUAAUAUACGAUACUUGAAACUUUUUAAA